AUGAGGGUGCUAGCACUCGUUCCCGCGUUUGCGGGCGCGCUACAGCGCAUGGCCCCUCGCGCGGCGCCGGCUCGCAGCGUAAGCAGUCCCACGGCGCUCCGCUCGGCGGUCGUCUCCGCAGUGGACCGCACAAAUUGGGAGACCUCUGGGCGAGAUCUCAUAUUGAAGAGCACGGAUGGCACGUCGGACAUCGUCUUUGACGCGGAGCACGCGCCAGCCGGCGGAGAUCCCGCGGCUAUCGUGUUUUUGCCGUCUCUUGCUCUGCCGAAAGUGAACGCCAUGUCUUCUUCCUUGCGGACCUGGUGCCGCAAGAACAAAUAUAGCUUCGUCGUGGCCGAUUACCACGGCGUGGGACGCUCGAAGGGUAACAUCGAGGAGGCUUGUCUCUCGAAGUGGCUCGCCGAUACGAAGCAGUUGAUCGAAACGGUUGCCUCGCCGAACGACCACCGCCGCGUCGUGCUCGUCGGCGCCGGAGUUGGUGGGUGGAUAGCCGUACGGCUCGCUCAAACAGAUCCCGAGCUCGUCGGUGGCGUCGUUGGUCUCGCGGCCGACCCCGACUUCACGGAGGACCUGCUCCUGAAGAGGCUCAAGCCCGACGUCAUCGAGAGGAUCAUGGAUGCACGCAGCAGCGCAGACAUCAACACGCCAUCGACGCGAGGCCUGCCCGGCCAUCGAGGCUCACCGGUCGCUUUCCGCACAGGGCAUGGAGCUCAUCAAGUGGGGUGAUUGUUCGUAUCCGAUCUCGCGCAAGCUGAUCGAGGACGCGCGCGAUCACCUACUGCUAAAGGGCCCCGACGGCGGCCUAGACGUCCAGUGCCCCGUUAGACUCCUGCACGGCCUCGAGGACGAGGAGGUGCCCUACACGACGGCCGUGCGCCUCGCGAACCGGAUCAAGACGGAGGACGUGACUGUCAGUCUUUCGAAGAGCGGACACUACAUGGACGACAUCGACGACUUCAAGCGCACGCGCCUCGCCAUCCAGGACUGCCUCGAGUCGAUCUUCGUGCUCGACCUGCGGAGCCCGUCGUCCGGCUGA